AUGCCAGCCCCCCAGGCACCACAACUUGUGCUGUUCGAGACAGUCCAGUACAAGAAAAGAGGCGACAAUGUUCUCAUGGAGUUCUUCGCUUAUGGGAAUCCUACCCCGACUCUUGGCUGGCGCCGAGUUGAUGCCGUGGGCGGCAAUCCGGUGGAGUUCCCGGCGAGCGCAAAGUACGAGCAGUGGAACCGCGCCAUGACCCUGGCCAACGUGAAGGUCGAUGACCAGGGAUUCUAUGAGGUCACGGCUACCAACACACAGGGGACUGACGUCAAAACAGCGCAGCUUAUCAUAGAAGACGUUCCAAAAUAUAUCAAGAGGUUGGAAACCCAGAACCUGGACCAGGCGCCUGGAGAGGACGUCAACUUGGAAGUGACAUGGCAAGACGACGGCAGGAACCCAGUCACUCCUUCAUGGUAUUACAACGGACAGGUAGGUCCUCUCAUUGACUGUCAAUGA